UUGACAGUUUUGUGCAGAAUGAAAGCUGCAAAGCCUUAUAUUAUGAAUCUACGGUUUCCACAUUAGCGUUUGUGCUGCUUCAUUACUCGCCUUAUUUUCUCCAAUUUCUGUCCUCUGAUUCUGCAGAAUUCUGGACCCCGGGACUUCAAAGAACAUGAAUAGAGUAGAGGAGAGGAAAAUAGUGGCCUAUAAAGAUGUUAAUUACUCUAAAGAUGUUUGGAUAAGCACACUGACAUCUGACUUGAUGCCAAGAAUAUAAUAUAAGGCUUCUCAACAGUAUGGAGAAAUGGUGAUUAAUCCUAUUAGAGCAUGGAAUCCAUUUUAGAUCUUGAAGACAUGUCUGUAUAUUCUGCAGCUUUCAAGCUCUCCUUAGCAUUACCGAACGUGACAGCUGACAGACUGCUCAGCGUACAUUACUCACCAAUGGAGAACAUUGACACUAUGCUGGAAUCUGAAACUGACACUAGUAAUCUAUUAUCUGCAAGGGGAAGAAACGCAACUGCCCCCGAGCUUGGCACCUGGCCAAGAGAUAUUUCUACCAGUGUCAGUUUUCAUACCUCCGAACACCAAGAAAUUUCACCUACCUCCUUAGAACAUGAAGUCACUUUUGGGUCUCGAAACAUUCGCGUCAUCAAACAUAAACCCAGUGCAAUUACAUUCACUGACAUCCCUCUCGAUUCGAUUUCGGAUACAAUUCUAAGUGAUACUUUGGACAAUGAUACCUCGGAGGACAAAGAUAGUGAUGAUGGUAGUGAAGAAGAUCAGGAGGAUGAAGGCGAUGAUGUUUUUACAGAUUUGCCUCCUUGCAAAUACACAUUUACUGGAAUUAAAAGGAGGAGUUCUCAUCCCAGAAGAUUAAAUGGCAAAACGAUUGGUGAUCCCAAGGGUCUGGGUCAAUUUUUCCCCAAGAAACAGUGGAAUAAUGGCAUUAUACUGGAUGCUGAAGAAAGAAAGAGCCUCAUGGAAGAAAGGUCACAGUGGUCAAAAUCCAUGAUGUGUCUCAUGAUGAAACUAGAGCAGCUGAAUGUGGACAUUGAAGAUGCCAUCACUACAGGGGCUAAUCAGAUGUGUAUCUCACCUGAGCUUUUCGCAGAUCAGGUCAGUUUUGAGAUGGUGGGCAGUCGAAUUGCCGAGCUCGAGGCAAAGGAAGCAUGUGAGUGGUUACGGGCUGCUGGAUUUCCUCAGUACGCACAGCUUUAUGAAGAUUCUCAGUUUCCAAUUGACAUUGCAUCUGUCAAACAGGACCAUGAUUUUCUUGAUAGAGACCAUGUAGAACCACUUUGCAGACGACUGAACACGUUGAACAAGUGUGCAUCCAUGAAACUCGAUGUCAGCCUCCAAAGGAAGAAGAGUGAAGAUUCAGAUGAAGAAGAUCUUUGCGCCAUCAGUGACAAAUGGACGUUUCAAAGACUCAGUCGCCGAUGGUCUCGGGUGGAUGACAUCGAUACACUGUUCAGGAGAUCGGAAACUCUUGGGUCAUCCGGGGACAUGAAAAACACAACAAGUAGUGAAAGUGUAUUGACCGAUCUCAGUGAGCCCGAGAUAUGUUCUAUUCACAGUGGAAGUAGCAGUGGAAGUGACUGCAGAUGUUCAUAUGUUGGAAAUAGUGCUUCUCGAGAGACUUUUGAGUGCAGUGACACCAUGUGUGUGCCUGACUCCAACUCAGUUAACCUUUUACCUCCAUACUGGCCAAAAGAUAUUUCAGACGGUAAACUGAAUGCAAAGACAGAGAAAUCUACUCACACAAAAGCAAAGAAUCUUCUGAAAUGCAUGGGGACCCUUAGAGGCAAAGGCUCACAAGGUAAAUUAAAAGUAUCACCAAAAACUGGAGGCUUAAUAAUUAGUGAGCCUAUCAUGAGAAUGGAGCCAGAAUCCCUAAAAUCUAUGAACUGCAUUCAGAUAGGUAAUGGAUUGGACUCUUCUACGGACCUUAAGGUAACUGGAAAUGUGGAUUUGAAAUCAGAAACAAGGCCUGUUAAAGAGAGUGCUUCACAUAUUAAGGAGGUUCGUGAAUUAAACAAGCGAUCCGGUAUGUACCUAGAGGAUAUCGAUCUGUUUUCAAUGGCUGGGAUCCGAGCUAAACCUGGUCAGAGUCAUAAGAGUGAAUUUCAUUCACAAGAGGAUUUGGUAGUUUAUAUUCCAAAGGACCAUAAACCUGGUACAUUUCCAAAAGCUCUGUCAAUUGAAAGUCUCUCUCCUUCUAAUAACCUCUGUGGGGUGAACUGGCGGGGGGAAAACAUAUCUCUAAGCAGGAAAAAGGGACUUGGUGUAAAAGACCCAAUAGUUGCACCCUCUCGGUGUCCAAGAGGCAGCAGGCUUAGUGUGUAUGAUAAUGUUCCGGGCUCCCAUUUGUAUGCCAGCACUGGUGAUCUCAUGGACUUGGAAAAAGAUGAUCUUUUCCCACAUUUAGAUGAUGUAUUGCAACAUAUUAAUGGACUCCAGCAAUCUGUGGACCACUGGUCGAAGGAUGUAAUGCCAGAGCUGCAGGAUGAUGAUUCAUCAGUUGUGGAAUCUGGGACAUCAACUUUCCAUUUGCCAAAUCCAAUGGCACUAGACUUUGAAGGGAAUUCAAUUUCUGAUGGAAGAACAACUCCGAGUGAUCUGGACCGGGAUGCUGCAUCCCUUAAUGAAUCUGAUACAACAGGAACACGAGAAAGAAGAGAUUCUGGAGUGGGUGCAUCACUUACAAGGACAAGGCGUCUGCGAUGGCACAGUUUCCAGAUCUCUCACCAGCUGAGCCAUUCACUAGCUUCACUUCAAAUAAGUAACCAGUCUGCUGGGCAGCUCAAUUUACUACAGAAGUUCUCACUGCUUCGCCUGACAGCCAUUAUGGAGAAAUAUUCCAUGUCAAACAAACACGGCUGGACCUGGUCUGUACCAAAGUUUAUGAAGAGGAUGAAGGGUCCAGAUUACAAGGAUAAGAAUGUUUUUGGGGUACCACUGAUGGUCCACGUGCAGAGAAGUGGCCAACCCUUGCCACAGAGUAUUCAGCAAGCAAUGCGCUACCUUCGCAGCAACUGCCUGGAUCAGGUUGGCUUGUUUAGAAAAUCCGGUGUUAAGUCUCGAAUUCAGGCCCUUCGCCAGAUGAAUGAGAACUGUCCAGAGAAUGUAAACUAUGAGGACCAGUGUGCGUACGAUGUGGCAGAUAUGAUGAAACAGUUCUUCCGCGACCUUCCAGAGCCCCUUCUCACAAGUAAACUGGGAGAGACCUUUCUUCACAUAUAUCAAUAUGUUCCUAAGGACCAGAGGCUUCAGGCAGUGCAGUCGGCCAUUAUGCUGAUGUCAGAUGAGAAUCGAGAAGUCCUCCAGACCCUGCUGUGUUUCCUUAACGAUGUUACCUCAGUAGAAGAGAAUCAGAUGACCCCCAUGAAUCUUGCCGUCUGUUUGGCCCCAUCUCUAUUCCACCUCAAUUUACUAAGGAAAGACAAUUCACCAAGAGCCAUACAGAAAAAAUAUGCAACCGGAAAACCAGACCAAAAGGAUCUGAAUGAGAACUUGGCAGCUACACAGGGCCUGGCACACAUGAUCAUGGAAUGUAAUAGACUGUUUGAGGUUCCGCACGAGAUUAUAGCACAGUCACGGAAUUCCUAUGUGGAUGCUGAUAUCCACCUUUCCACUAUGGAGCAGCUGGAAGAGGAGUCAGGGAGCAUCUCAGCCUACUUUGAUAAUAUUAUUCAGAGCCUUCAGAAAGAGGCCAGGGAUAAGUUUAAAGGAUGGGUCUCACUUUCUAGCACAGAGAACACUGACGUGGCUUAUAAAAAGGUUGGAGAUGGUAAUCCUCUGCGGCUCUGGAAAGUGUCAGUCGAGUUGGAGGCCCCCCCACUGGUUGUGCUAAACCGAUUAUUAAGAGAGCGCCACCUAUGGGAUGAUGAUUUUCUGCAGGGAAAAAUAAUCAAAACUGUCGAUAACCAAACAGAAGUUUAUCAAUAUGUUAUUAAUAGCAUGGCUCCCCAUCCUUCUAAGGACUUUGUGGUUUUCAGGACAUGGAGGACGGAUUUGGCAAAGGGUAUGUGCAGUUUGGUGGCGAUGUCUGUAGAGCACGAGGAAGCCCCUCUCAUUGGAGGAGUGAGAGCAGCUAUUUUGGAUACGCGUUAUCUGAUUGAGCCCUGUGGAUCUGGAAAGUCCAGGCUCACCCAUAUUUGCAGAGUUGACCUGAGAGGCCAUUGUCUGGAUUGGUAUAACAAAUGCUCUGGACACAUCUGUGCAGCAGAAGCAUUGCGGAUUCGCAACUCUUUCCAGCCCCUUACUACAGAAGGACCAGAAACAAAAAUCUGAAGAUGGUCUCCCAGUGACUUUAUAUAUUAUAACAGAAACUGCAGUGACUCUGCAGGAAGGCAGUGCUGUGCAUGCUAAAACCUCCAGGGCAUUCCUCGGAGGAGAUACUUUAUUAACAAUAGCUUUUGUUUUUUUAUUGUUUGUUUUAUUUUUAAAUUAAUUGUAAAAAGCCCAUGUAAAUAUGUAAUCUAUAUAUAUAUAUAUAAAUAUAUAAGUAUAUAUUAUUUAACAUGAUAAUAGAUGUAUACAAACAUAUAUAUGAGUUAAUGCUUUCUGUGGAAGCUUUAUUGUUUCAUAUUUCAUAUUUUAUUUCACUUUCCCCACUUUAUAGAUACUAUGUAUAUAUGCUUUUAGAAUCAGCCCACAAGUAUUGUAUAAGGACAAGGAGAUUUGUGGUUUCCUGUAUACAGCAAUAAUAUGGACACAGUACUUCAGUUGUCCUCAUCUGUGAUGCACUGCACUGUCUGGACCUUGCUUAGGUACUUUGUAUAUAAGAGAAUAAAGACUUGUCUUGUUUAAAAAUGUGUCCUGAUAAUGUAUGACCUGUAUAUGCCUGCUAGUGUUGUACAGAAAGGUUUCAGCCUACAUUAAAUAUCUGUAUUUGUGCA